UGUGACACUACUCAGUUUUUGCGCAAUGGAAAGUGUGUGAUAUUACAGUUUAGUGCAAACUUAAUCAGUUAUUUCCAAUUUACACGUACUACAAUUGGCGAUAUUCCAGCUUGUUAACUAGAGUUAGCUAGCUCGUAACUAACGUUACCAACCACCUGGCCAGAGUGUGCAGCUAAAUAGCUUGUUCAUGUUUUCCUUGACGUUGUGGGAUUGCCGUUAGGUAGUGUAUUCAGCAGCGUGUAAAACAUGGAGGACUGGGAGCAGGAGCUGGCCAAUCCAGAAAGCAGCAGCACAGAAACUAAGGCAUUUGGAAGCAGUUGUUACGGAGAAGGCCAGCAAAAUGAAGGUUGUGGAAGUCAUAAUGAUAAUGAAGAGAGCUCGUGGAACAGCAGAGGAGGUGGAUUUGGAGGGAGCUAUGGAGGCACGGAUGACGGAGGCAGCUCCUGGGACAGCAGUGGAGGGGGGUUUGGAGGGAGAGAUGAGGGUAGAGAUGAUGCCGGCAGCUCCUGGAACAGUGGGUUCGGGGGGUUUAGAGGGCGUGGCCAAGGCAAAGUGUCAAGGGGAGGCAGAUUCACGGGUUCCACAGAUCAUGACAGCCACUCCUGGAACAGUGGAGGAGGUGUCUUUGGAGGAAGCAAGGGGGGUGGAGAAUGUGACGGCAAUGGAAACACUGAAGACAGUGUGGGCGACUCGUGGAGCACUGCAGGGGGUGGUUUUGGAGGAAGAGGUGGUGGACGAGGCGGAAGGGGUAUGAGGGGAGGAGGAGGAGGAAGAGGAUACAACAGCUCAUAUUCCUCAGGGAAUGAUGAUAACGGGAACGAUGGGUUCGGUGGCGGGUUCGGAGGAAGAGGUGGCCGGGGGGGUCGAGGGGGCUUCAGUCAGGAUCGUGAUGACCGAGGAGGAGGAGGAAGAAGAGGAGGUAGAAGAGGAGGAUUUGCUGGUGGUGGAGGUUACAGAGGACAGGAUGAAGAAGUGUUCUCCAGAGGGCCGUCCUUUAACGAUGAAGGGAAAGGCGAAGCUGAGGAUGGUGGUCCCAAGGUGGUCUAUGUCCCUCCCCCACCCCCUGAAGAGGAGGAGUCAAUUUUCGCUCACUACGAGACCGGGAUCAACUUCGACAAGUACGACGAGAUCUUAGUGGACGUCAGCGGCAGCAACCCACCCCAGGCCAUCGUGACGUUUGAAGAGGCCGGUCUGUGUGAAACCCUGGGCCGGAACGUUAGCAGGUCGGGCUACGCCAAGCCCACGCCCGUCCAGAAGCACGGCAUCCCCAUCAUCGCUGCGGGCCGCGACCUCAUGGCCUGCGCCCAGACCGGGUCCGGGAAAACGGCUGCCUUCCUGCUGCCCAUCCUGCAGCAGCUGAUGGCGGACGGCGUGGCGGCCAGCCGCUACAGCGAGGUCCAGGAGCCCGAGGCCAUCAUCGUGGCCCCGACCCGCGAGCUCAUCAACCAGAUCUACCUGGAGGCCCGCAAGUUCGCCUUCGGGACGUGCGUGCGUCCGGUGGUGGUCUACGGAGGCAUCAGCACAGGCUACACCAUACGAGAGGUGCUGAAAGGGUGCAAUGUGCUGUGUGGAACACCGGGGAGACUGCUGGACAUUAUUGGACGAGGAAAGAUCGGCCUGAGCAAGCUGAGGUACCUGGUGCUGGACGAGGCCGACCGCAUGCUGGACAUGGGCUUCGAACCCGACAUGCGCCGGCUGGUGGGCUCCGCGGGCAUGCCCCCCCGAGAGCAGCGCCAGACGCUCCUCUUUAGCGCCACCUACCCUGAAGAUAUCCAGAGGUUGGCUGCAGACUUCCUGAAAACUGACUACCUCUUCCUGGCUGUGGGUCAGGUGGGCGGAGCCUGCAGUGACGUGGAGCAGAACGUGUAUGAGGUCACCCAGUACGCUAAACGGGACAAGCUGGUGGAGCUCCUGCAGACUACCGGUGUGGAACGCACAAUGGUGUUUGUAGAGACCAAGAGGAAAGCUGAUUUUAUUGCAACAUUUCUUUGUCAGGAGAACAUAUCUACCACAAGCAUUCAUGGCGACAGGGAGCAGCGGGAGCGGGAGCAGGCGCUGGGGGACUUCCGCUCGGGGAGGUGCCCCGUCCUGGUGGCCACGUCCGUGGCGGCGCGCGGGCUGGACAUCGAGCACGUGCAGCACGUGGUGAACUUUGACCUCCCGUCCACCGUGGAGGAGUACGUGCACCGGAUCGGCCGGACGGGGCGCUGCGGGAACACCGGGAGGGCUGUGUCCUUCUUCGACCCGGCGACGGACACCCCGCUGGCCCGGUCGCUCGUGAAAGUCCUCUCGGGGGCCCAACAGGAAGUUCCCUCUUGGCUGGAGGAAAUCGCCUUCAGUGCCCACGGCACCACUGGGUUUAACCCGCGCGGGAAGGUGUUCCCGUCCGUGGACACGCGCAGAAGGGACGCACCGCCCGUGUUCGAGAGCCACGAGGAUGGGGGAGAGUCCUGGGACUGAAGGAUUCUCUGUGCCACGGAAUUCUGCUUACAGGGGUUUUUAUGCAAGUGGUUUUUUUUGUUGUUGUUUUUUUUGCAUCUUCCAGGUUUAGAAUAUGCAUGAAAUUGCAUCAUCCCAGAAGUACACUGAUGGCCAGUUUAAGAUCAAAUUGCAUUUGCAUUCUGCAAAGCAAGCUGUGGGACCUGUAAGCCUGUUAGUGAAGGUUAAC